AUCAGAUUCUACCAUCUGACUCGCGUGUGUCCUCGUCGUCAUCGUUCAGUCUUGCCUCCACUUCCAUCCGCAUAUCAUCUUCGCUCAGUUCCAUUCAUCGUACGGCUAUGCUCUUUUUACUUUUCCACUUUCGGUUCUCUUAAAGUAACAAUUUUUAAUUAGUCUCGCGUGAAUAUUUAUUAAUACCUGCAAAAGAUGUAUUCAUGCGCAACUAUCGAAGAUUCAACAGUUUCAGAUUAAAAUAACGACGCUUCCUUUACACAUACUUCUUUUUUAUUGAAAUCUGCGGAGCGAUGAAAAAUCCAUAAACAUCAGUGAUACGCAUUUGCGUGGGAAAACUGCGGUUCUCAGAUCCGUUACAUGAAUGCCAACGAUGAGUCCUCUUCAAACCUGGAAAGUUCAAGCAAAAAUAAAAAGAAUACGAAAGAAAAUGUUGAGAACGAAGAUGAAAAUUGCGGAGAGGAAGUGGUGACAAACACUGAUGCAACAAAUUGUGAUAUUAAAACUCUAGAAGAAGAACCAGAUUGUUCAGAAAAUAAAAUCGAACUGCCUUUAGAACCGACCCUUCACGAACGAUUUUUGCGUAUCAAGCAAAUCGUGAAGGACGCUAUAACUGCCCAUCAUAUUUUUAUGAUUUAUGGCAAGUCACGGGUCAUUCGCGAUUGCAUGCUGAAAAGAGGAUGGCGCGAGAAAUUUUAUCGCAAAAACAGUAGUGCUGAUCAGCAUUUUGGCGUUGAUGCCAACCCGAUAAUUUUAUUGGCUGGAAUCUGCGACUUGAAGGAUGAGCAAAGCGAACGUUUAUUAAUAUCAAGAAUGCUUACCCAUCAUACUGUCGAUUUCCUCUGGAAUACGGGGUCCGACUGGCCCGGCUGGCCCGCGCAAGAUAACAAAACUACUGUGUUCAAUCGAUAUUGUCGUGCUGGUUUUACGUCCAAGGUGGGCUUGUGUUCAAGCGUCAGACAAAUGCACUGGUAUUACGAAGCUGGAGUGGCUAACACAUUAUUUCCACGUUGUUACAACAUUUAUCAAAGCGACCAGAUGCACGCCUUCAUUGAUGAUUUUCGACUCACAAGUUGUUUGAGCCUUUUGAAAUGGUUAGUGGAUAAGGUCAAUGCUGAGAAUGAAGACGUCGUGCGUUCACCAACUGGUACCAUACCUCUCAAGGCUCUAGAUUUUGCAAUCAAAAGAUGCAAUGAUUAUAUCAGCGCCCAAUCACACGAAGACAUCGAUCAGGAGGUUGAGAGAGUCUGGUCUCAUCAGUGGGAUCAAUUUAUUAGCUGGUAUUAUCAGAUCAUUCGUGAUGAAGCUCUCUUCAUUCACACCAAUGUGCCCUUUAACAAAUAUGUUUUGGCUUCAAAGCAUAUAUUAAAAAAGAUGAGAAAACAUUGGCCGCAAAUAGACAUGGAUGGCAUAAUGAAUUUGUGGAUCUUGAAACCUGGAAACAAGAGUCGAGGACGCGGUAUCGUUCUAAUGAACAAGUUGGAAGAUGUAAUGGCAAAAGUAAAUCCAACAGGCAAACCAGACACACGAUAUGUCGUGCAAAAAUACAUCGAACGGCCGCUACUCAUUCAUAAUACAAAAUUCGACAUAAGACAAUGGUUUAUCGUGACGUGCGCUCAACCUUUAACUCUCUGGAUGUACAGAGAGAGUUACCUUCGUUUUUGCUCGCAAAAAUUCAGUUUAGAUGACUUUCACGAGUCGAUCCAUCUGUGCAAUCACGCGAUACAAUGCAAAUACAAUAACUGCUGCGACAGGGACCCAACUCUACCCACGGACAAUAUGUGGGACGCCACGACAUUUAAGGAAUAUCUCAAAUCUCAAGGUCACGGUGAUGCAUGGAAUGAGCUAAUCUAUCCUGGAAUGAAGCAAGGUCUGGUAGGCUCGUUAUUAGCUAGUCAAGAGGCUAUGGAUCGACGAAAAAAUAGUUUCGAAUUAUAUGGUGCCGAUUUUAUGAUCAUGGAGGAUUUUUCUGUGUGGCUAAUCGAGAUCAAUAGUCAUCCGGACAUGAGCUAUUCCACCAGUGUCACUUCGCGAUUAUGUCGACAAGUGAUGGAAGACACCAUCAAAGUCGUGGUGGACUUUCGAGAAGAUAAAAAUGCGAAUACCGGAAAUUUUGAGUUGGCAUACAAACAACGAAUGCCGAGCUACCAGCCCUAUUUGGGGACCGCUUUGUCUCUUCAGGGUACUCGCCUCACCACUUGCGAAAAAAAAAUGAAUAUGAAUCAAGAUUCAAAAGCCAGUUUAAUCGCAAAGUCUCCGAUGAUGAAAAAGAAAUCGGUAGUGCACAACAACAUCGGGCCGGUAAUCGUCGAUCUUAUCGAGGAGCUAGAGAUUCAACUUGAUCAAGAAUUGUACUCUUAUUAUAACACGGACUCGCCUAAGUCGAGACUGACACUUCCAGCUACUGCUCCGAUAAAGACAUCGAUUUCUGAUGAGAAAACGGAAACUCUGACAAAGAGCACUUCCGCAAACACAUCCAUCAGUAAGAUAAAAUCACCAACUUUGUCCAGAACUAGCGUUCAGAAUAAUCCAAUUAAACCUUUGAGAAAUGGAAGAAGUUCUCCGCAUAAGCCGGCACGAAAGUCACGCACAUUCCCUGACACUGCGAGCAGCAAACAAGAUCAGACAUCCCCGACAAGACAAACAUUAAUUUCAAAAAUCAUGGCUCUUCAGGAACAAUCGGCUAACAUGAUGUCUAAAUCUGAGAAACCAUUGAGAAAAAAUGAAGAGAAGAUCAUCAAAACUGCGAUGCAAAAUGCCGUGAAGAAAUACAAGAGAAAUGUGACGACUUCGCCACAAGUAUCGCCACUGCCGUCCUUGCUUACGCCAACAGCAAAGGCCACUUCUGCGUCGACGAUUAAGAGUAAGACUCGCAGCUUCCCGAAGAAACAAAUACACCAUAAGAAAAAUAAAGUUCUGUCGAAUAUCACCGACAUGUACGCUGUUGGCUUAAAUCGCUUGAAACAAAUCGAAAAAUUUCUUCAAACUCCUCCGGAUUUUAUAUGGUAUACGUAUAAGAGACCUAAUAUAAGAGCGGACGACAAGACCAUUGUAAAUAAAUUUGCUGGCAGUUAUUUUACGUCAAAGUCAGCACAAAUGGACGAAUUUAUACACGAUUAUUACAUUACUGCGUGUUUUGGAAUUUUAAAGUGGUUUUUAUUACUCACCAAUUUGGUAGAAGCGAAGAACGUCUGGUCUCUGAAUGGCACAAUCCCCAUAGAUGCUAUUUUAUUCGCCUUGGAACGUUGUAUAGAAUAUAUAAGCGUCCAAACACACGAGGACAUUGACCGUAAGGAUUAUAAGGAUGCUCCUCCAUCUGCAUGGAAUCAAUUUCUAGAUUGGUACUACAAAAUAAUAUACGAACGUGUUUUGUUAAAAGAAAGCGAUAAAGUUGACAUAAACAAACUCGUGACAUCUGUGCGCAAUGUAAUAAAAACAAUGAUAAAAUAUCGAUCGCAAAGCAAGAUCGACGGUAUACGCAAUAUUUGGAUUUUAAAACCAGGCGACGACAGUUUGGGACGUGGAAUUGUUUUGAAAAGUUCUUUAGUCGGUAUCCUUGCUAAAGUAAAUCAGGCAGCAAAAGAAAACACUGAAUAUGUUGUACAGAAAUAUAUAGAGCGACCACUACUUGUCUAUAAAACAAAAAUAGAUAUCAGACAGUGGUUCUUGAUAACCAGUACACAACCUCUUGUCGUGUGGAUGUUCAAGGAUAUCUUAAUACGAUUCGCGUCGAGAGAUUUUACUCUUAGCGAUUUUCACGAAUCCGUUCACUUGUGUAAUACAACCGUGCAGCUAAAGUAUCGAAAGUUGCCAAGAUGCAAUUCCAAUUUACCCGAGGAACUUCACUGGAAUCUACAAGAUUUCAAAAAUUAUCUCAAAUCGCGCGAUCAAGAAAUGGCUUGGAAAAACAUUAUCAGACCAGGAAUAAAGCAAAAUUUGAUAGGAGCACUUCUGGCGUCUCAAGAUAAUAUGGUAAAUCGUAAAAAUAGCUUUCAAUUAUACGGUGCUGAUUUCGUAGUGGCGGAUGAUUUUUCGGUAUGGCUGUUAGAAAUAAAUACAAAUCCACGAUUGAAUCCGCCAAGUAGCGCAGUCACUGAAAAACUCUAUCCAGAGAUCAUAGAGGACACAAUGAAAGUUGUCUUAGAUCGUCGUAAAAAUAAAAAAGCAACUUGCGGAAGAUUCGAAUGUAUUUACAAGCAACGUAAUUCGUUUUAUGGCGUUAAUGUCUUAGGGCAAAGUACGAGUCUUGGCAUUCGUGGCAAAGGUUUAUUCGUGACAUCGAAAUUGCCGUGAAAUUUCUGAUUCUAACACAACUGUAAUACUGCCAAAAUAUGCUUCUUCGAAAUCUGUUUCGCAUAGAACCGUUUCAAUUCCAAUCAUAAUCUAUUCAAUCCUAAUGCAAGCAAUUUUGUAUUAGCAUAUAAACAAUGCAUCAUGAAUUGCUAGGUAAAUAUGUCGAGAAAGCACAUUUGCAUUCUCUUCUUUCAUUGCAUGAGGAGUGAUUAACAGAAUAAUAGCAAGUAAUUUAUUAGAAACAUGUUUAUUUUACAAGUAACAAUGCGCGGUAGGUAUACAAUCCUAUAUGGAUAAAUAUUUUCUUGUCGCAGAACAAAUGAAUAUACAGUAUUAUAAUGUAAUUUAUGUCAUGCCCACGUUCAUACAUGUUAUUCACGUACACACUUAUUUAAUUUUAUAAUUUUUAAAAUCGCUAUUAGUCUUUUAAUUUGACUUUGUAUUGUAAAACCAUCAUUUCAUUCUCAUUUUGCAGAUUCUAAAAAUGUGAAUGCGUAUAAUCACAUUGCCGUAAAAAUUGUUCAUUUUUAACGUGUGUUAUUUUCAGACAUGUUCAUAAAAUAGAUAACUGUUGUAAAAAAUGAAAAUUAUAACAACUAUUAUUCACAAUGUCUGUGUCUUGUGUAAGAAAUAACAUUCAGUCAAUUUAACAAUAUGAACAAUUCACUAUUUUUGCGAUGCACAAUGAUCUAAUGUUAUGUGUGAUUCAUUCACUGAAAUAAAAUAUUGCAUUUCUUUAUAUUAAGAUGAU